AUGUUGUCGGAGAUGGGAAUGAGGCCUUUGAUGGGGAGCGGAGGAGAUGGGUUUAGCGGGGAGGAGAUGGGGUUGUUGCUUCGGGAGCAGAGGAGGCUGGAGGCGAUUGAGCGAGAGAGGGAUCUAAAUAUUUAUCGCAGCGGCUCCGCUCCUCCCACUGUGGAGGGGUCACUGAGUGCCAUAGAGGGGCUUUUCGGUGGGGAUGUCGCUGGUGUGCUCCCUGAUAUCUCGAGAGCCAAGAAUGGCAACGGGCUCUCGACGGAGGAGGAACUCCGGUCCAGUCCAGCCUACCACUCUUACUACUAUUCGCAAGUAAAUCUGAACCCCAGGCUCCCGCCGCCUUUGCUCUCGAAGGAGGACUGGCGGUCCACCCAGAGGUUCCGAUCUAUGAGCUCGGAACUGGGGGGGAUUGGGGACCAGGGGAAGUCUAAUAGGGCGGAGGAUGGGGGCAGCAGAUCGCUUUUCUCGACGCAGCCAGGAUUCAAUCUGAAAAAAAAAGAUCGUGAGGUGGAACCGAGGAGGGCGCCAGGUUCUGGGGAGUGGCUGGACAAGGGAGCAGAUGGGCUUAUGGGGCUGCCGGGAAUAGAACUUGGCCGGCAGAAGAACUUUGCCGACAUCCUUCAGGACGACCUGGGUAGCACAAAUUCCAUCUUGGGGCGCCCAUCUUGUACAGCCAGUCACAAUGCAUUUGAUGAUGGUGCUGAUCCAUUAGGUUCUGCUGAAGCACAGAUUUCUUUACGUUGUGAAAUAGGACCUGUUGAUGGCCUGCAGUCUGGUGGCAAUGUCCAACAUGUGGCUGCAGUUCAGAAAAAUGAUUUACCAACAUCACAAACAUUUGCAUCUGUUUUGGGUUCAUCUCUUUCAAGAAGUACUACUCCUGAUCCUCAGGUGGUGGCAAGAGCUCCUGGCUUCGGCCUACCACCUGUGGGUGAGAGACUUGUAGGCACUGAAAAGAAGGCUAACAAUGGUUCAUGCUCCUUUAAUGAUGUCUCAUCUGGUACUGUUGAAUCUGAUGAUCUUGUAGCUGCUUUAUCUGGUUUGAACUUGUCGACAACAGCAUCAAUAGAUGAAGACAUCAUAGCACAAUUGAAGCUUCAACAAGAAGUUGAUGAUCGCCAGAGAUUACUUUUUGAUCUGCAAGGUGGUCAGAACCAUGUCAAGCAGCAUCCUUAUCUGAAAACUUCUGAGUCUGGACACUUGAGUUUGCCCUCAGUUCCACAAUCAACCAAGUCCUCAUAUCAUGAUUUGGGUUGGGGUUCUGGGGAUGUGGUGGACUUAAGCAAUUUAACUUUAAUGCCAAAUGGGCUGCUGGAAGAGAGCAGGCCCACUCUUGCUGCUACCAAUUCAUAUCUGAAGGCACCUUCUGCAGUUUCAGUUGCUAGUCCAGGCGGUCCUUAUUAUCCAAAUGUAGAUAUUGCAAAUGCAGCAUUUGCAAGCUAUGGACCAGGUGGGUGCCCUAUGAAUUCAGCAGCACCAGCAAUGAUGGCAAAUCAUAUUAAUUUUAGUAAUGUGCCCCCACUGUCUGAAAAUGCUCCUGUUGCAUCUGGAAUGGCAUCUCCUGGCAUGGACUUCAGGGCAACAGGAGGUUUUUCUUCAGGAUCAAAUUUUUCUGGAGUAGCUGACUUGCAAACUCUUAACAGCAUUGGGAAUUACACAGCUGCAGCUGCUCUUCAGAUGCCCAUCAAUCCUCUUUAUGUUCAGUAUUUGAGGGCAGCUGAGUACGCAGCUCAAGUAGCGGCUAACUUCAAUGAUCCUUCCAUGGAAAGGGGUUACAUGGGCAAUUCUUAUGCAGAUUUACUUGGAAUCCAAAGGGCAUACCUUGGGCUAUUGCUCCAACAAGAUAAACAGUAUGGUAUGCCCUUUAUAGGUAAAGCUGGGGGGUUACAUCAUGGGUUCUAUGGAAACCCUGCUUUUGGCCUUGGUUAUCCAGGAAGCCCUUUAUCAAGUCCUGUUCUUCCCGCUUCUCCAGGUGGGCCUGGUAGUUCUCUUAGGCACAGUGAGCGCAAUAUACGCCUUUCUUCUGGUAUAAGAAACUCAUCUGGAGGUGCCAUGGGAUCUUGGCAGUCGGAUAGAACUGAUAUGAAGGGGGAAAAUUUUGUAUCAUCACUUCUGGAGGAGUUCAAGAGCAGCAAGACCAAAUGUUAUGAACUCUCUGACAUUGCUGGCCAUGUUGUUGAAUUCAGCGCUGACCAGUAUGGUAGCCGAUUCAUACAGCAAAAGCUUGAAACAGCCACAAUUGAAGAGAAAAACAUGGUUUUUGAAGAAAUCAUGCCUCAAGCUCUUACAUUGAUGACUGAUGUUUUUGGAAAUUAUGUGGUCCAAAAGUUUUUUGAGCAUGGAAGUGCAGGUCAGAUAAGGGAACUGGCUGAUCAGCUUGCUGGCCAUGUAUUGUCACUCAGCCUUCAGAUGUAUGGCUGUCGAGUUAUCCAGAAGGCAAUAGAAGUUGUUGAUUUGGAUCAACAGACUAAAAUGGUAGCUGAGCUUGAUGGCCAUGUUAUGCGCUGCGUGCGUGAUCAGAAUGGGAACCAUGUUAUUCAGAAGUGCAUUGAAUGCAUUCCUCAGGAAGCAAUCCAGUUCAUUGUCUCAACCUUCUAUGAUCAUGUCGUGACAUUGUCCACCCAUCCAUAUGGCUGUCGUGUCAUACAGAGAGUAUUGGAGCAUUGCCAUGAUCCUAAAACUCAGCAGAUCAUGAUGGAUGAGAUUUUGCAAUCUGUUUGUAUGUUGGCACAAGAUCAAUACGGAAAUUAUGUUGUUCAGCAUGUAUUGGAGCAUGGAAAGCCUUGUGAGCGAUCUGUUAUUAUUGAGAAGUUAGCUGGACAGAUAGUAAAAAUGAGCCAACAGAAGUUUGCUUCGAAUGUUGUUGAGAAGUGUUUAACUUUUGGUAGUCCCACGGAACGUCAGAUGCUCGUAAAUGAGAUGCUUGACUCCACUGAUGAAAAUGAACCGCUGCAGGCAAUGAUGAAAGAUCAGUUUGCAAACUAUGUUGUGCAGAAAGUAUUAGAAACAUGCGAUGAUCAGCAGCGUGAGCUGAUACUCUCACGAGCAAAGGUCCACUUGAAUGCGCUGAAAAAGUAUACUUAUGGAAAGCAUAUAGUUGCACGUGUAGAGAAACUUGUUGCAGCUGGAGGUAUCGCACACAAGAUUCUUUCAUAUUAAUAAAGAAGAAUCGGAGUUUAGUCCUCGCAUACGGCAUAGGGCCGGAAGUUGUACAGCUAACAGAGGCUAGUGCAGGCUCCCUUUUUCUAUCUAUCCAUAUAGACAGAUACAAGCUGGGUGGAAAUAAAUUAGUUGCUUGCACCAAGAAUUGUACAUUCUGUAGUUUGCAGUUAUAGUGAGUCAUGUGAUGGUUGAGGCCCCUGGAGAGGAGAUAUAUGUCUGUACUAGUUUUAUGGGUGUAAAGAUGAGUCAUGUGAUGGUUGAGGUCUCUGGAGAGAAGAUACAUGUCUGUACAAGUUAUAUGGGUGUAAAGAAAUGAUAAAGAAAAAAGGGUAGAGUGCAUCUUUGCGUGACUGUACAAAUGUUGCUGCAUGGAGAGGUCUGUUGUUUAGGGGAGGCCAAUAUUUUUCUUUUGUUAAGUAUGGGAUUCAUUUAUUUUUCUUAUGGUAUACAAUUUUUUAAUUUAAGUCCCUGGUACGAGGAUGCAUACUUUAAUCU